CCGUCGUCGGGGCUUCGUUGGUGUAUGUGUUGAGGGAUGUCUGUUAUUUUACGUGGCUGUGUCCGUUGUCGGGGGUCUGCGGAUCAGAUUUUGUCAAGGAGGUGUGUUUACACAGGUGAAUUGUUUUACAGAAGGUCAUACCUUGAUCCAAGCUACUAUACAGUGUACCAGCGUACUAGAUUAAAUUCAAUACGACAACAAAAUGGAAAACUCUCUGCAGUUCACCAUAUUCCUAGUCUAAGUAUUAUACUUGAAAACCAACAUAGACAUGGACAAUCAACCCCACCGCCGCUAUUUCUGAAUUCAAGAACACUCACACAGGUGCAUUAUGGGAAUCAUUCCAUAUUUGGAAGUUCUCCUACCUUUUAUAGGACUUUGCACAUAUCAUCAAGGACUUCCAAAGAGGGAUUGGAGUCUGAAUCCAAAGUUGAACAAACUGUUAAGAAUUUGAAACUUAAACCCAAAGUUCCGGAAUCCACUGUUACAUUGCCAAAGAAGUCGUUAUGGCAACGGUUUGUAGAUGAAGUAAAACACUAUUAUCAUGGAUUUCGGUUGCUAGGCUUGGACAUCAAAAUUACAAUAAGGUUGCUAUGGCAGAUUGCACAAGGACGUGACUCGCUAACUCGGAGGGAAAGAAGACAGCUUAUUCGUACUGUAUCUGAUCUAUUUCGACUGGUGCCGUUUCUGGUUUUUGUAAUCAUCCCUUUCAUGGAGGUUCUGUUGCCAGUGGCGUUGAAGCUAUUUCCUGGCAUGUUACCAAGUACAUUUCAAGAUGACAGUUCUAAGAGAAAGAAACUUACAAAGCAAUUGAAGAUGAAAUUAGAAAUGGCCAAGUUUUUGCAGGAGACUAUUGAAGAAUCAGCUGUGCAAAAAAAGAAAGGCAAAAGUACUAAAAGCGCACAAGAAUUUGCCUCAUUCAUGGAAUCAAUCAGAACGGCUGGACAUCAAGCAACAAAUGAUGAAAUCAUACGUUUUUCCAAACUUUUUGAAGAUGAACUCACUCUAGACAGUCUCUCAAGAGCUCAGUUGGUGGCGCUAUGCAAGAUACUUCUGAUGCAGCCUUAUGGGACAAAUAAUUUCCUGAGAUUUCAGUUGAGAAUGAAACUUAGAUCACUACAUGCUGAUGACAGGAUGAUUGAAAAUGAAGGUGUUGACAACUUGACAGUUGCAGAGCUGCAGGCAGCAUGCCAAGCAAGAGGUAUGAGGGCGCUUGGCGUGCCUAUCGAAAGGCUCAAGUUUCAACUACAACAGUGGAUGGAUCUUCAUUUGAAUGAACAGAUCCCUACGUCUCUUCUAUUGCUAUCAAGAACUCUGUAUUUGCCAGAAACACUGACUGCUCAAGAGCAACUCAAAGAAACCAUAUCAACACUACCUGAAAGUAUGACUGAGGAAGCUAAGAUUAAGAUAGCAGAGGUGGAGGGUGAAACGGUGGACCAUGCCACUAAGCUCAAGGUCAUCAAAAUGGAGGAAGAAGCCAUUGCUAAAGAAAAGGCAGAAAAAAAGAAGCAAUUGCAAGAAGAGAAGGCUAAAAAAAAGAAGCAAGAAGAACUGGCUGCAGCAAUUACUGUGGUUACACCAGAUGAUGGUGAAAUGCUGAAGGAGCUACCAUUACUAUACCGACCUGACAAGGAGGAGUUAGUCGAUAAAGCACCAGUUAUUACUGACAAAGCUGAAGAGGAACUCAAAGAAGAGGUCACUAAGGAGGAUAUCAAGAUUCUCAGUGAAGCCGUCUGUAGUUUGCAAGCAGAGAAACAAAUCGUAUCAAAAGAGAAAGAGGAACUGGAAGAACUGAAAGAAGAGGUUGAGGAAUACAAAGAGGAUGUUAAAGAUUUGAAAGCAGUUGCCAAGAUAGAAGGUAAGGAUCUGACAGAGUCAAAGGCCAGCAAGAGACUCGGUAAGAAAGUUAACCGCAUGAUUGCCAGUAUGAAUAAUAUCAUUGGUGAACUGGAGAAGGAGAAGUCGUCUCUUCAAAAGGAAUUCAAGUUGCAUAAAGAAAAGAUGGAAUCUUCUGAGGGUACACUCAAAGAGGAAGCUCAGGAGAGGGUUGAUAAUCACAAAGAAGGGAUUGUGAGUAUAGAAGAACUUGUAGAGGCAAUAAAUAAACUAAUGGUGGUCCCAGAUGAAGCUAAACUCCGUAGGAUUGCUGACGUAUUGGAUGAAGAUCAUGAUGGUAUCAUUAGAUUAGAAGAUGUUGUCAAGACAAUUGAACUGAUUGCUAAAGAAGAAAUUGACCUCAACACCAAGCAGAUUGGUGAGAUCAUGGACCUAAUUAGCAAAGAAGAGAAUAUCGAGAAUCUUGAAAAAGAUAUUGAGAAACGAGAACAAGACAUUGAAGACCGAGCAGGAAAAAAGCAAUAAAGCAAGAACACUAAUUUAGGGAAUUUAUGUAAAUAUUGGUAAAUAGAAUGAAUUAAAAAAAAAAGAAGAAUA